AUGGGGCUUCAGGACCUCCAGGUGAAGGUGUCCUUUCCUUAUCCUACCAAUCCUACCAGGGCAAAGCUGGAGUGUCGCAGUAUGUGUGGACUAGCUGGUGACCCUCCCUACAUCUGGUUCAGGAAUGGACAGAAUAUAAAACAGGGAAUGAUCUACUCGGUCAAACCUCAGCCUGGAGAUAGCUUCUCAUGUGCUGCUAAAGGAUACGAUCUCCGCUCUCCUCUACUCUAUACUCCAAAGACCCCCUCAGUGACCGUGAGUCCCUCUGGUGAAAUAGAGGAGGGCAGUUCAGUGACUCUGAGCUGCAGCAGUGAUGCCAACCCAGCAGCUACCUACACCUGGUUCAAGGUUAAUAGAGAUGGUUCCUCCAGAAAGAUGAUCCAGGGACCACAGCUUGUCUUUAGCAACAUCCUGUCUUCAGACUCUGGACAGUAUCGCUGUGACACUAAGAAUGAGCUAGGGAAAGAAUAUGCCUACCACCCUAUUGAUGUCAAAUAUGGGCCUAAACACGUAUAUAUUAAUUCAAGUCCCUCUGGUGAAAUAGAGGAGGGCAGUUCAGUGACUCUGAGCUGCAGCAGUGAUGCCAACCCAGCAGCUGAGUACACCUGGUUCAAGAACAACCAACCUCUGCACUGGGAACCAAGUCAACCUCAUACCUUCCCCUCAGUCCGACCUGAAGACAGAGGAACGUACCGCUGUCAGGCAGAGAACAAAUAUGGACAACUGAGCUCUAACUCAAUAUUCAUGGAUGUCCAGUGUGAGUUGAAUAUUGGACUAAUAUGUUAA